AUGGCGUUCAAUCCUCACUACGGCAGCGAGAGUAUUCUGCCCCAAGGAAUCGACGUCAGGGGUCUCCCUCAAGUGUCGCGAGAAAGUCUGAAAUUAGUCAAGGCGCUGGGGCAGGGCGCGUUCGGGGAGGUGUACCAGGGGCUGUACCGGCACCGCAGCGGCGACACGGCGGAGAUGCCCGUCGCCGUCAAGACGCUGCCCGAGCUCUCCACCGGCCAGGCCGAGGCGGACUUCCUCAUGGAGGCCGCCAUCAUGGCCAAGUUCAACCAUCCCAACAUCGUCCAUCUCAUCGGCGUCUGCUUCGACCGCCAUCCCAGGUUCAUAGUUUUAGAGCUGCUAGCAGGCGGUGAUCUCAAGAACUUCCUUCGGGAGAGUAGACCGAAGCCCGAGCGAGCCAGCGCCCUCACCAUGAAGGAUCUCCUGCUGUGCUCGCUCGACGUCUGCAAAGGAUGCCGAUAUUUGGAAGCCAAGAGAUUCAUACACAGGGACAUAGCUGCCCGGAAUUGUCUGUUAACGUCUCGCGGUCCCGGUCGGGUCGUCAAAAUAGCUGAUUUCGGAAUGGCUCGAGACAUCUACAGGGCAGACUACUACAAGAAAGGUGGCAAGGCCAUGUUACCCAUCAAGUGGAUGCCGCCGGAGGCAUACAUCGAUGGCAUAUUCACGAUCAAAACAGAUGUUUGGUCAUUCGGCGUGUUGCUAUGGGAAGUGUUCUCUCUGGGCGUGAUGCCGUAUACAGGAUGCGCGAACAGAGAGGUCAUGGAAAUGGUUUCUGGCGGAGGGCGGCUCGAGAAACCCUAUGGUUGUCCUCAAGAUAUCUACAGACUGAUGUGCGAAUGUUGGAAUCCCACGCCUUCAGAUAGGCCUGCCUUUGCAGCCAUGUUUGACAGACUCCAGCGGUUCUUGCAGGAUCCAGAAAUCGUAAGCGCUCCCCUUCCUGUAGUGAGAUCGUUAUUGCCUCCCCCCAUGGAAGUACAAAUGAAUGCAAACGGACCACAGCGCGCGCCGGCGUGCGACUACCUCGUGCCGAUGUCGCCGCAGGAGAACCCGCCGCCGACCAAUAGCUCAACGGAUCAGCUGGUUCUUCAUAGCAAAUCGCCAACGGCGGCACAGGAGUCACCAGAAACGGAGGAUUUACCAUAUCCACCUCUUCUGAAAGCAUCACAAGAAUAUGGCAACAUUCCAAUGGUGUGCCGGAGCGGCGCGAACGGAAGGCGCCAAGAUGCUUCAGUUUCCGUCGUCGAGAGUCGGAACACCACAAAGUUUCUGCCGUCUAAUUCUACUGACAGGUUAUUGAGCUCCGUGGAAGGUGCGUCAAUGGACGAAGAUACAGGAUCAGAGAGCGAGGACAAGCCAGUCAUCUGGGAGACUUCCUUCACCGAGAAACCCGACCCCAAACCGACCACAGAAAAUGGACCAGCCGUUGACAAACUAAUAAGUAUAACGCCAACUUCUCCGAAACCACCAGAAAACGUUCUAUCGAAAGCCAUAGAGACCAAUGUCAUAGAUAAAACCAACCAUAAAAACUCUCUCGUGCCGGAAAGGAAAACCGCUCCCAUCGCAUCGCCAGACCCGCCUAGAAUCAACGCGUGGGCAAAUAAAGAACCGCCCAAACUAGCCCCUAAACUGAAGCCGUUAUGUCUAGAUGCAGCCCAAUUAGAACAGAACCUCAACGCCCUCAAAAAGAACAGCGGCUCCGUUAAUUUAAAUACGAUGAACAUAAUCCCACCUUAUAUUAACGUAGUUACUCCAAAGAAGCUAUCCGAAGCAAAAACAAUUCAAAUAGACCCCAAAAAAGCGGUCAUAGAUGAUUUACAGACCCCCAAAGAGGAAGUCAAAGAAGAAACUAAAAAUAAACUUAAACAAUCGAAUUCAGCAGUGAGUUUACUAAAUGGGCCAAUGACUGAUGUCCCUUACGCUGAUAGCGAUAACGCAUCUUCAAGUUCGGGUAGCAACGGCCAAAAAAACAAUCAGAAAAACAAAAAGAACUACACGGAGGUGGUAGUCGGCAACGACACUAGGAAUAAAGUGAUAAAACAGGGUAGCAACGGUGUCGAGUUUGUCGGAGACUCCGAGAUUAGCUGUUAAAACCGUCUAUUAAAAAUACGCUCUUUUAAAUGUCAGUUAGACGAAAAAGGUUGUGGUGCAGAACAUUUUUUAUUGUGCGUCAGUGCCGUCGUUUGAAAAUGGAACAAUAUAAUCUAUUUAUUAAAAAAAAAAAACUAGAAAAAUAAUGUUACCUAUUAAUAAGUGUAAAUACUACUAAGUUUUAAUACUAGACACUUUUACAAAUUAAGCAUUAUAGUCACUUUACGUGCGGACUUUGAUAUGAAUAAAUACAUGAAACAAAAAUGGGAAGUUUAUUUUGAAAUUUAAUAUGAUACCUAUUUUUGUCGAGAUGUGUACAAAGUGUUGUUUUGUUAAGAGUUUUAUGACUAUGAGGAC